UAAUUAACUACAAAAACCCUAAAUCAUUGAUUAAAUCCUCCGCACCACAGCUGCCGCCGUCCUGUGGAAAGCCACCGCCAAACCCUCAAUGCUGCCGUCGUCCCAACCGCAAAACCGGUCCAGAUUCUGAUGGUGGACGCCGACAAGUUGGAGUGCAUGUACGAGCUAACGGAGGAGUACAAACUCGCCAAGCGUUGCCACCACGAGAACCUUGUGGGCGUCCACAUGUCAUUUUGGUCGAAGACCAACAACCAGCUGUGGAUCGUCAUGCCUAUGUGUCUAGGGUUUUGCUGAGGGCGAUGAUCAUGUCGUCGCCAUCUGCUUUGCCGGAAUCCGGAGUCGGAACCCUCCUCCGGCAGACGCUUGAGGGCCUGGACUGCGUCCACGCCCUUAGAAAUAGGCCCCACGGCAACGUCUGCGCUCGGUGCGUCUACAUGGACGACGGGGACUUUGCGACAGCGAAACUAGGGUUUCGUGAGCUCAUGUGCAAGAGGACGACGAAGCGAGCCACAGAGUGUUGGGUGGCGCCGGAGCUGGCGAGGGACCCGAAGAUGGUGCAUGGAAAGGCGGCAAACGUGUGGAUGUUCGGUUUGUUUGCCUUGGAGCUCGUUUACGGCGGGGAGAUCCCUGUUUCGAUGCAUGAAAAUGUGAAAGCGCUUCUGUGGGACAACUUUAACGCCACACAACAGUUGGGCAAGGUCUCGCUGUCCAAACAUGGAGACCCGGUGAUUGAGCUUAACAAUGAGGACAUCUCCAAAUUAAGAGAGAUUUUCCCUCAUGCUAUCAAAGCCAGUUUCAAUGGAGCACUCUCUCCGGAAGACAUCGGGUUAUCACUGAAGAAGGGAGGGUUCAAAGGAGGUUUUCGCAUCACCGCCAUCAGCAAAUCUCAGGUUAUCAUCAAUCUCAAUUUGCGUAGUGAAUUCAUUCGCUUACUAUCCAGAAAUUCCUGGAAAACGAAUGGCUGCACACUCAAUCUCUCCAAAUGGGAUCCAAGUAUAGAUGGAAGGAAUGACAGCCCCAUAUCGCUGGUUUGGGUUACAUUCAAAAGGCUUCCUUUUUUCCUUUCUGACCAUAGCACCCUAUUCUCCAUAGCCAGUGCACUUGGAACCCCAAUCCAGAUGGAUGAUACCACAGCUCGUGGUGGGUACUUCCAGAUGGCUAGGAUCCUUUUGGAGUUGGAUGUUUCUAAACCCAAACGUUCUUCUAUCCUGAUUCGAACAAGCACUUGGGAAAGAACGGUGGAGCUUCUGUAUGAGCUCCCCUUAUACUGCAAUUGCUGUAAGCGGAAGGGUCACUUCUGCAAACCAAUCUCAAAGCCCGCCAGAAAAGUCCUCGCCGGCGGGACAUCCAAUGAGAGGCUUCAGUCCACUAAGAGCCAUCCAAAAUCCAAUCAGGAUUGGAUCAGGGUUCAGAGUAAGAAGGAAAGAACAAGUCACAAAAGGACAACCAACAAAGAGCCAACAUGGGUGGCCACUUGCUCCAUAUUGCCAAACACGGAGGACAGCCAACCUACUACACUUCCAUAUACUACUAUCCCCACUUCUUUGAAACCCUUGGUAUCUAGCAGAUCAAGGUUCCCAAGUCCAUGUGAGGCACCUAGCUCAAAUUGUUUGGUUGGGGACAUGCACUUCGUACAAGAUGCAGCCCCCUUGUCCAAGCAUCCAUGUCCCCCCUCCACUAUGGUCAAGGUGGCAAUGGCUUCCAACGAACACACAUCCACCAUUGAUUCAUUAGCUCUCUUAUCUACUGUGGUUGAGAACAACAGCCCGGGCACUCCGGUAGUUGAACAUCCUCAAGUUGUCCACUGCCAGUUUUCAUCGUCAGAAACACAGGGAUCACUUUGGAUCUCCUCUGUUUAUGGAAGACACACCGGGGCAGACCGGGCACCUCUUUGGUCUUCCAUAUCAUCUUGGCAUACUGGAUCAGAUCCUUGGAUUGUUGGAGGGGACUUCAACUGCAUUCACAGCGUGGAUGAACAAAAGGGCAAUUCUGAACCUUGCUACAGGUCUAUUGAUGAAUUCAAGGAAUGUGCAGAAUCCUCCAACCUUCUUUAUAUCCAUCCUUUAGGGGGGCACUAUUCAUGGAGCGGGAAAAGAAGCAAUGGGAAAGUAUGGAGACGUCUUGAUCAUAUCCUUGGCCUAUUUUUGGGGAAUUACAUUGAUACUUUUACUUCAACCAAUUUGACAAUGCUUAGCAAGGGAGCCUCUGACCAUAGGCCUCUUUUACUAAACUGUAUUUUGGAUAAUUUCCUGGGCCCUAAACCCUUUCGUUUCCUCAACAUGUGGUGCUCCCACCACACCCUUGAAAGUACCAUUGCCUUGUUUUGGGAAUGCAAUAAGACAUACAAUGGCAUGAAGGGGCUGUCUGCUAAACUUAAGGAACUGAGGAAAACUCUACACACUUGGAAUAAGGAUAUUUUUGGGAAUGUAUUCCAAAACCUUAAGGAAGCAGAAUACAAAGCAAAUUCUGCCCAGGACAAAUUUGAGCAAAACAGCAACCCAGAAAAUUUGGUGGAAUUCAACAAAGCCAAUGCUGAGCUACUCCUCCAAUCCAAAAGGGAAAUAGAAUUCUGGAAACAGAAGGCGGGACUCAAAUGGAUUAAAGAGGGUGAUGCUAACACCAAAUUUUUCCAUAAUGUGGUUAAAAACAGGCGCAAUAAACUCAGGAUCUCUAGCAUCAAAGAUGAUGAAGGCAGGAGCAUUGAGAACAUCAACAGCAUUGCCAACCAUGCUAUAUCCUACUUCACCAAAAUUUAUACACCGGAGCCCAUCUCCAUUGAGGACGAAAUCUUCUCCUACAUCCCCAUCACAAUCACCAAUGAGGAUAAUCAUAUGCUUUGUGCAGUACCACAGGAGGAUGAGGUCAAAACAGCCAUUUGGGAACUCAAUGCAAACAGCGCCCUAGGCCCAGAUGGAUACAACGGUUUCUUCUUCAGGACCUACUGCAUAUCAUACACACGGAAGUUGUUCGCGCCUCCCAAGAAUUCUUUUUGGGUCUCCCUAUUCCAAAGUCAUAUGGUUGAUUUUGCAAAGGCGUUUGACAGGAUAUCUUGGGAGUUUCUUGAGAUCACUCUCACAUCCUUUGGCUUCAGCCCCCAAUCUUGCCAGCUCCUGCUAUCAACACUUAAAGACACUGAUUUUUCUAUACUCAUCAAUGGAAUUCCACAUGGCUUUUUUAAAAUGGGUAGGGGGGCCAAGCAAGGGGACCCGCUCUCUCCACUCCUUUUCAUUAUUGGCAAUGAAGUGCUGAGUAGGCUAAUUAAGGGCAAAAUGGAAGAGGGUUACAUCAAAAAUACGAACACGGGUAGAGCUAAACCUCCAUCACAUCUCGCCUAUGCAGACGAUGUAAUAUUCUUUUUUAAUGGGCAUUCCAGAUACUUGAUCAGACUCAAAGGGCUGCUGGAGAUUUUCCUCAAAGCAUCUGGUCACCUCAUAAAUCUCAACAAAAGCUUCUUUUACACAAACCCAAAGGUUAGGCCGGCCAUCAGACAAAAUAUGCAUAAAGCAUUGCAAAUGAGGGAAGGGAAACUGCCUUUCCAAUACCUAGGAGCAACUAUUGGUAAAGGGAAACUUAAAAAAGAGGACUGUAAGAGAAUUGUCCAACAUUUUGAGGGAUACCUUAACACUUGGCACAGCAAGGUCCUCAACCAAAUGGGCAGGCAUUUGGAGGAUAUUGAAGCUGCUUAUUCGUCAAAAAUCGAGUGGAAGAUCAGAAAUUCAGAAGGGAUAUGGGGAAAAUAUAUGAGAAGCAAAUACCGGCCAGAUUCAUUUCAUGAAUACCACACGGACACUGUCACCUGGAAAAGAGCAGCCCGUAUACACAACUGGGCUCUUGAGCAUGUUCAUACCAUCUCUGGGACAGAAAUGUGGGAGGAGAAUCCAUUCUCCUUCAAGCUUGCUUAUAACUCUUGGAGGGAAGCUAAGCCCUCCUCUCUCUUGUGCAAAAUGGCCUGGUCAAAACUUCAAAUCCCUAAAAUCAGACUGUUCCUAUGGAAAGCUCUUCACAAUCUCCUGCCUUUCCCAGACAACCUAGCCAGAUUCAGCAUUGCCAUUCCCUCUAGAUGUAACUUCUGCCACAAUGGUCCCCAAAACUUGAACCACACUCUUUACCAGUGCAGGCUCUCACAAAAGAUUUGGAGGUUUUUUUUCACCCUAUUUGACGGGCCUGUCAUUCAAAGGGGGGACACCAUCCACGACAAUUCCCCAUUGAAUCCAUCUAGGCCUGCUGAGCUGUCUGUUGAAAGAGACCAGAUUACAUCUUUAACCUCUUGUUACCCUGGUAGUGUGGUCAGCUUAUCAUUAUCCUCAGACUGCAGUAAAUGCAAGGUGAUUCAGCUGUGGGAAAAGGGAUUAUGUCUGGGGUUUUGUGGUAUUUCAGAAUCAGAUAGGUAAGUUGGGUUUUAGCUGGGGGUUUUUGCUUGCAGGUGGAGCUCAUCCAAGGACCAAUGUUUGGUAUGAGGUAUGGGAGAGGACUUAGGUGUUGAUCGACUUCACGUUCAUACCGCUUUACAGGAGAAGGUAUAAGUUUCUAUCUCUAGCUAUUGUUUUAGUAACUAAUCUUCGACUAGUAAUCACUAUUGGGAGCUUAAAUUUUUGUAUUUCUGCUGCCCUCCCAACCGUGGUUACCUUUCACAUACCACUGUGUACUACAAGAAUAGCACAUAUAUAUUUAAUAUAAGAUAAUAGCCAUU